AUGGCGGGGGGCGGCGGGUCGCGCUAUGCGGCCGAGUUCGUGCCGCCGCCCGAGUGCCCCGUGUUCGAGCCCAGCUGGGAGGAGUUCAGCGACCCGCUCGGCUUCAUCGGCCGCAUCCGCGGCCUGGCCGAGAAAACCGGCAUCUGCAAGAUCCGGCCCCCCAAGGACUGGCAGCCUCCAUUUGCAUGUGAAGUACAAAGUUUUCGUUUCACUCCACGAAUUCAGCGCCUGAAUGAACUGGAGGCAAUGACAAGAGUGAAACUGGACUUCUUGGAUCAGUUAGCAAAAUUUUGGGAACUCCAAGGAUCCAAUUUAAAAAUCCCUGUGGUCGAGAGAAAAAUUCUGGAUCUGUAUGGUCUGAGCAAGAUUGUUGCCAACAAAGGAGGCUUUGAAGUAGUGACCAAAGAGAAGAAAUGGUCUAAAGUGGCGAGUCGGCUUGGCUACCUGCCAGGGAAAGGCACGGGGUCGUUGCUCAAGUCUCACUAUGAACGGAUCCUGUAUCCCUACGAGCUCUUCCAGUCCGGGGUCAGCCUCAUGGGCAUCCAAAAACCUAACUUGGAUCUUAAGGAAAAAGUGGAGGCUGAGGACCUCAGUUCAGAUGCCCAAGCUUCCCCAAAGCAGGCUUCAAGGAUGAAUGUUAUGCUGAAGAGAACCAGGCGUGUCAAAUCCCAGGCAGAGGCAGGAGAAAUGAGUAGAAACACCGAACUAAAGAAGCUGCAGAUCUUUGGAGCUGGACCCAAGAUGAUGGGACUGGCAUUGGGAGCAAAGGAUAAAGAGGAUGAGGUGACGCGAAGGCGCAAGGGAACCAGAUCAGAAGCGUUUGGGAUGCAGAUGAGGCAGCGCAAAGGAACUCUUUCUGUCAACUUCGUUGAUCUCUAUGUUUGCUUAUUUUGUGGUAGAGGAAAUAACGAGGAUAAACUGCUACUGUGUGAUGGAUGUGAUGACAGCUAUCACACCUUCUGCUUGAUUCCUCCUCUUCCUGAUGUACCCAAGGGUGACUGGAGGUGCCCAAAGUGUGUUGCUGAGGAAUGCAACAAACCCCGAGAGGCCUUUGGAUUUGAACAAGCUGUCAGGGAAUAUACUCUCCAGAGCUUUGGUGAAAUGGCUGAUAACUUCAAGUCUGAUUAUUUCAACAUGCCGGUCCAUAUGGUUCCCACUGAGCUGGUAGAAAAAGAGUUCUGGCGAUUAGUGAGCAGCAUAGAAGAAGAUGUUAUUGUGGAAUAUGGGGCUGAUAUCUCAUCCAAGGACUUUGGGAGUGGCUUCCCAGUGAAGGAUGGCCGACGCAAGCUGAUGCCAGAGGAGGAGGAUUAUGCUCUCUCUGGCUGGAACUUGAACAACAUGCCCAUUCUGGAGCAGUCAGUCCUUGCUCAUAUCAAUGCAGACAUCUCUGGCAUGAAGGUGCCCUGGCUGUAUGUAGGGAUGUGCUUCUCCUCCUUCUGCUGGCACAUUGAAGACCACUGGAGCUAUUCAAUCAACUACCUGCAUUGGGGAGAGCCGAAGACAUGGUAUGGUGUGCCCUCUCAUGCAGCAGAGCAGCUGGAAGACGUGAUGAAGGAAUUGGCUCCUGAGCUGUUUGAAUCCCAGCCUGAUCUCCUGCAUCAGCUGGUCACUAUUAUGAACCCCAAUGUGCUGAUGGAACAUGGUGUACCAGUUUUCAGGACAAAUCAGUGUGCUGGCGAGUUUGUUGUGACCUUUCCUCGUGCCUAUCACUCUGGAUUUAACCAGGGAUACAACUUUGCUGAAGCUGUGAACUUCUGCACUGCUGACUGGCUCCCCAUUGGACGCCAGUGUGUGAGUCACUACCGAAGGCUGGGACGUCACUGUGUUUUCUCCCACGAAGAGCUGAUCUUCAAGAUGGCUGCAGAUCCAGAGUGCCUGGAUGUUGGGCUGGCUGCCAUGGUCUGCAAGGAGAUGACUCUAUUGAUAGAGGAAGAGACACGCCUGAGGGAGUCUGUUGUACAGAUGGGAGUGUUGAUGUCUGAGGAAGAGGUGUUUGAGCUGGUUCCAGAUGAUGAACGUCAGUGCACAGCUUGCAGAACCACGUGCUUCUUGUCAGCUCUGACGUGUUCCUGUAAUCCCGAGCGCCUGGUGUGCUUGUACCAUCCUUCUGAUUUAUGUCCCUGUCCCAUGCAGAAGAAGUGUCUAAGGUACCGCUACCCCCUAGAAGACCUUCCUUCUUUGUUGUAUGGAGUGAAAGUUAGAGCACAGUCUUAUGACACUUGGGUCAGUCGAGUUACAGAAGCUCUGUCUGCCAAUCUCAACCACAAGAAAGAUGUGAUUGAGCUGAGAGUAAUGUUGGAGGAUGCUGAAGACAGGAAAUACCCGGAGAAUGAUCUUUUCCGCAGGCUCCGAGAUGCUGUGAAGGAAGCAGAGACCUGUGCUUCAGUAGCACAGCUGCUGCUGAGCAAAAAGCAAAAACACAGCAGAGUGAGCCAAGACAGUGGAAGGACACGGACCAAGCUGACUAUGGAGGAGCUUAAAGCAUUUGUGCAGCAGCUGUUCAGCUUGCCAUGUGUCAUCAGCCAGGCCCGACAAGUAAAGAAUCUGCUCGAUGAUGUGGAAGAGUUUCAUGAGCGUGCUCAAGAAGCUAUGAUUGAUGAGAUCCCAGACUCUUCCAAGCUGCAGGAGUUGAUAGACAUGGGCUCUGGCCUUUAUGUUGAACUUCCUGAACUGCCGAGGUUGAAGCAAGAGCUGCAGCAGGCACGGUGGUUGGAUGAGGUGAGGUCCACCCUCUUGGAUCCCCAGAGAGUCACCCUGGAUGUGAUGAAGAAGCUGAUUGACUCUGGUGUGGGCUUGGCACCACAUCACGCCGUAGAAAAAGCCAUGGCUGAGCUGCAGGAGCUGCUCACAGUCUCAGAGAGGUGGGAGGAGAAGGCCAAGGUCUGUUUGCAGGCCAGGCCACGUCAAAGUAUGAUGGCUCUGGAGGGCAUCGUGAAUGAGGCAAAGAACAUCCCUGCUUACCUGCCCAACGUGCUGGCACUGAAAGAAGCCCUGCAGCGAGCUAGAGACUGGACAGCCAAAGUGGAGGCCAUUCAGAAUGGGAGCAACUAUGCAUACCUGGAGCAGCUGGAGAGCUUGUCUGCCAAGGGCCGCCCCAUCCCGGUGCGCCUCGAUGCCCUGCCCCAGCUGGAGUCCCAGGUGGCUGCAGCUCGUGCCUGGAGGGAGCGCACAGGAAGGACCUUCCUCAAGAAGAAUUCCAGCUACAGUCUUCUACAGGUUCUGAGCCCGCGGACUGAUAUCGGUGUUUAUGGGAGCAGCAAGAACAGGCGGAAGAGGGCGAAGGAGUUGAUGGAGAAGGAAAAGGAGAAAGAUCUUGACUUGGAAUCCCUGAGUGAACUGGAGGAUGGGCUGGAGGAGGCCAGGGAUGCUGCAGCUGUGGUGGCUGUGUUCAAGGAGCGGGAACAGAAGGAAAUUGAAGCCAUGCAUGCUCUCAGGGCAGCCAACUUGGCCAAGAUGACCAUGGUGGACCGAAUCGAAGAAGUCAAGUUCUGUAUCUGCCGCAAGACAGCCAGCGGGUUCAUGCUGCAGUGCGAGCUGUGCAAGGACUGGUUUCACAGCGGCUGCGUGCCCCUGCCCAAAACCAGCUCUCAGAAGAAGGGCUCCAGCUGGCAGGCCAAGGAGGUGAAGUUCCUGUGUCCCCUGUGCAUGCGCUCCCGCCGGCCGCGCCUGGAGACCAUCCUGUCCCUGCUGGUGUCCCUGCAGAAGCUGCCCGUGCGGCUGCCCGAGGGGGAGGCCCUGCAGUGCCUGACAGAGCGAGCCAUGAGCUGGCAGGACCGCGCACGGCAGGCCCUGGCCACCGACGAGCUGUCCUCUGCCUUGGCCAAGCUCUCCGUGCUCAGCCAGCGCAUGGUGGAGCAGGCAGCUCGCGAGAAAACGGAGAAGAUCAUCAGUGCAGAGCUCCAGAAGGCAGCAGCUAACCCCGACCUGCAGGGACACUUGACAAGUUUUCAGCAGUCAGCCUUUAACAGAGUGAUAGGGAGCGUGUCCUCAUCCCCACGGCAGACUUUGGAUUAUGAUGAUGAAGAGACAGACUCUGAUGAAGACAUCAGGGAGACAUAUGGCUAUGACAUAAAGGACAAUGCCAGUGUGAAGUCUUCCAGCAGCUUGGAGCCCAAUUUGUUUUGUGACGAGGAAAUCCCCAUUAAAUCAGAGGAGGUGGUGACACACAUGUGGACUGCUCCCUCGUUCUGUGCUGAACACGCUUAUUCCUCUGCUUCUAAAAGCUGCUCUCAAGGUUCUAGCACUCCAAGGAAGCAGCCUCGGAAGAGCCCGCUGGUACCUCGCAGUUUGGAGCCCCCUGUGUUGGAGCUGUCACCUGGAGCAAAAGCUCAGCUGGAAGAUCUGAUGAUGGUCGGAGAUCUCCUGGAGGUAUCUCUGGAUGAAACUCAGCACAUCUGGCGGAUUUUACAGGCCACUCAUCCACCCUCUGAGGACAGGUUUCUUCAUGUCAUGGAGGAUGACAGCAUGGAUGAAAAACCACUGAAAAUGAGAGGGAGGGACUCUUCUGAGAGGAAGCGGAAACGAAAACUGGAGAGAGCAGAGCAGUUCUUUGGAGAUAUGAAGCAAAAAUCUAAAGAGCUGAAAAAACUGGAAAAACCCAAGAAGAAGAAGCUAAAACUCACUAUAGAUAAGACAAAGGAGCUGAACAAGCUGGCAAAGAAACUGGCUAAGGAAGAGGAGCGGAAGAAGAAGCGAGAGAAGGCAGUUGUGGCAAAGGUAGAACUGGCGAAGGAGAGCACAGAGAAAAAAAGAGAGAAGAAGAUUCUUGAUAUUCCUUCCAAGUAUGACUGGUCAGGAGCAGAAGAGUCGGACGAUGAGAAUGCUGUGUGUGCUGCUCAGAACUGCCAAAGGCCCUGCAAGGACAAAGUGGACUGGGUGCAGUGUGACGGGGGCUGCGAUGAGUGGUUCCAUCAGGUGUGUGUUGGGGUCUCCCCGGAGAUGGCCGAGAACGAGGAUUACAUCUGUAUAAACUGUGCAAAGAAACCCCUGCAGGGAGCCAGCAGCCCUGCCCACGCCUCACCUCCUCCCUUCUUGCUGAGCUACAAACUACCAAUGGAAGAUCUCAAGGAGACCAGUUAGCAACUGCUCCACGCCCAGAACUUGUUGGGAAAUGGACCGCUGGAACCCUUCGGAACAGGAGGGGUUUGAGGCUGAUGCAGCUCCUGAGCUUCUCUUCCAAGGAUGUACAGACGUGCAGCGGAGUUGGGCCGUCGGGUUCCGCUGCCUUCCUUCCUGCAGCGAGUGCCAGGGCACAGAGGCAGCCACUCAGCUAUGCAGACACUGCCUGAUGAGCAGCUCCAGCCAGUGCUUUCUGACCCGAGUGUUUCCAUCUUUGAGUGUGGCUGUUGCUCUCAAGGACUGAGCAAACUCGAGGCUGUUAGACACUUGAGGGUGUUAGGAGUACAUGUUGGCAGUGGAGCUGGCCUGGAGCUGGUGGGCAUAGGCUGGAGCUCUUAGACCUACCUGGUUAUCCUGAGGAGGUGACUUUGGAAGUUAUCUUUCACCUCUCCAUGCCAACCCAGUGUGUAGAGCAAUGUCUUGGGAGAAUGAAAUUGCCUCCAUAUCCAGGCAGCUAACACUACACUGUAAGGGCGGGAGCAAGUGGAUGAAUUUCUUUUAAUUUCUCUUUUGUAGCUAAAGGGCAGAGGAGCUCAUAAUGGCAAAAAGCAGCAAAAGUUCUGUUUACCAAAAAAGAAACCCAACUCUACUCCACUAGGCAAAUUUUUUUCCCUCCGUGGGAAACAACUGAUCUUCCUGUCCUGAGGAGGGCCAGAAAUCAUUGAUAAUGUCUAGCUAGACCAGAACUUGGGAAGAGCAGAGUGCUUCCCUUUCCACAGGGAUGCUCUCUCCUGUUCUAGGCUUUGCUUAGAGUUCUGCACUCCUGCACAUUAAAGUUGUGUGAAGCAGGAUGGAGCUGGCAAGGAGGUACAGCACCCAGGGCACAGCUUCUGAGAUCUGUACCCGGGGAUGGGAAGGAAAGAAGACAGCCCACUUACCUCAGAGGUUACACUGACACGUGCUUCUGUGAAAAGUUUCACUCACAACUUUCCAGUAUCACCAGGCUACAGGCAUGGCCUCCUGUGAUACCAGCAAGCAGUCUGCAGAUCCUGUUCACAGUGCAAACCCCUCCCUGCUGGCUUUGCUGGAUGUGUACCAGUGUACAAUCAGCAACAGUUCUUGUUCAAGUUGCCCCUGGCUUUGCCGGAGGACCAGAGGGCUCGGGGUCAUCCUGGGUGACAGUUGUUUUAGUAAAUCCAUUUUUAAAGAAGGACUUGUUUUUACUUUUUUCUAAAUGUCUCAGACUACUGACUUGUUCUAUAAAUAGAUUAUUUUUCUUUGAUUUUUUUAUACUUACCACUGUUAACCAGCAGCACAGACAGAGGUUCACAAAGCAAAAACCUGCCCGUGGGCUUGGGUUUUUUUACUCCAUUCCUUCCUUGUAGUACAAGGAAUUAGCAGUUACCUUCCCCAUUCUAGCUUGACCAGCUGCCUGUGUUUAAAUAGGUAAAUACAUUUCAUGUGCUACCUUUGUAUUUGGGUUUGUUCCUAUUAGUGGGGCAUCUGGGCCUUAAUGACUCCAGUGGAUGCUGGCCUUGUGUAUGUGAAUGUCUGAAGUCAGCCCCUGGGCUGUCUUGUCCCCCUCUCCACUCGCUCCCUGUUGUUUCCAUUCUUCUGCAGUUCUAGGAGUGUUGUAAGUAGUGUCCAGUCUUACUAGGAGCUGGAUUGGGAUUUAAAGAAAUAUUAACAAAAACAAAGGUGUGCUGUCUUGACUGUUCUGUGUCCCUUCUCUUGUUCUCUGAUAUUUGGAAGUUUAUUUAUUUGGCAGAAUUAUCCAUCCAAAAAAAAAAACAACCAACUCAGCUCAGGUAGACAGAACUUUAUUGUUUUCUUCUAUGUGUGCCUGCUACCUGGGAAGAGGGAAGUGUGCAAAAGGAAAAGAAAUAAGAUGGAGCACAGAAGAUCCAGAGUCUUGGGAGCUCUGAGUGCAAAUUGGACACAGACUUGUAAUUCCUGCUCCCUAAAGACUUACUGUGAUGUUAAAAGCAAAAGCAAGCUGUGGUUAAGCAUGUGGCUGAGCGGGCACCCUAGCAAAUUUAAGAGUAUUAUUUGUUUACUUAUUUAUGAAGGAGUCUAUGCUUUAGAUAGACAUACCCUCUUUUUGCCUCCAAUUACUUUUUUUUUUUUUUCUUCUCAAUGUACACUUAGUUUUGGUAAACUGAUUUAAAGAGUUGUUCCUUUUCCUUCAAGCUUUAACUGACGGUACUGCAUAAAUGUUUCCCCAUAUGGAGUGGACAAACUAUCUGUCACAGAUGUUUAAUCGUUCCAGAAGUAGACUAGUACAAGAUUUCUUAAAAAGAAUCCCAGUGUUCUGUAUUCUUUCCUGACUCCUAGAAUUUGUGACACAGCAGGGGAAACAUGGUUAGCAUCUCCUGUUAGCCUCUGAGCAUAUCCUCGUGACCAUUCCUGCGUUCUCUGUUGCGAUGAAGUCGUUGUAUGUAAUUGCCACCAACUGGAAAAGAGAUCUUUGAGUAAACCUGCCUUGCAUGUUGCUGUCUCUCUGUGUAGAAGGUGUGGAGAGUGUUGACAGAAGCACUAGUUACAGCAAGAUGGAAACAAACAGCUCGACAAUGCAGCUGUGCUCACUCUGCUCGUAACAAGCACAGGAAAGAGCAAACAACAGAAAGAAAUGUGCAAGUCAUAUGCAGAAGUCACAUUUUUAGUAGCUGUUUCUCAUGUAGCCACAUGGAGAGCCUCUGUUCCACUGUUGGAAGGAGGCUGCCACACUUUUUUCUGGUCACAGAUGUCUCGUCUGCUUUUGGGUAAGGUGUUCAUAAACUGAAGACCAUUAUUAGCUUUACAUCUUAUUGUUUUAAGCUUGUUUUUUAAGAGCGUAAUUCCUAUCAAAGGAUUGCUGAUAGUAUGAACUUAUGAAUAAAUGUUAACUUUUGGAAAAACCUGUAGUUUAGUAGUUGAAAAACCCGAAGCUGUAGCUGUGGUGUUGUCUCCAGAUUGUAGGGGUUUGGAUUUUUAUAAAAGCAUACGCAGAGAAGCUGGCCGAAGCCAAGACAAAAAUGUUCUUGCGGAUCUGCUGCAGCUGUGGGAAAAACUCUCUCAUGCUUUGGGGACAAGAUCUCAGUGCACAAAAAAUAUUAGCUCGUGUAUCUAGCAAGGUGCUUGUCUUAAUGCUGUAGUCUACAAAGGCUACUUGCCACUGCUGCUGUUAUUUCUUUUCAUGUGUCUGACACAAAAGGUCAAAGAAAUUACCUGAGCUGUUGUGAGGAGCUGAAAAUGGCCAGGGCUUGAAUUGUAUAGCUUGUACAAACUAUGUGUUUUCAGGUUUUUCUUGUGAAAAACAGGGCCUGGAAUUUGGCAGCUUUGCUUGCAGAGAGAUAAAUGUCACUGCUGACCUUCAGUACCAUUGCCUUUAGGAUUUAUGCUUUUGACAGAUCUCUAGCUGAAUGCUUGUGCAGCCUGGACCACUGGUAAUGAAAACUUAAGAGUCUUCAGCAACUUAAUACUGUUGAUAUUGUGGGAAUUAUCUGAAGGGAUUGGAACACAGCAGAAGGUAACAGGCAGUUGUCUGUUACAUCAGCCACACUGUGAAACUUGCAUUGAUCUUUUCAGUUUUUAGAAUACUAUAGUAAUUUAGGUUGGAGGUCAUCUGGAUCAACCUCCUGACCAGAGCAGUGGCAACUUUAAAAGCAGGUGAAACUUUUCAGGGUUGUGUCCAGUAAAAUUUUGAGUACUUCCAGGGAUGAGCAUUCAAUGACUUGUCUGAGUUCCCAUUUGGUUUUGUAGCAUCUUCAGUGCAAAAUCCACUUGCUGUAAUGUGCCUGUUGCCAGAGUCUGGCGCUGUAUUUUCUCUGAUCAUCCAUUAGGUAGUUGGAGACUGCAGGUCCUGCAGCCUUGGUUUCCAAGCUGAGCAAAUCCAGCUCAGCCUCCCUUGAGCCAUGGCAUGAGCUGCAGCCUUCUGACAGUCUUGGUGGUCCUUGUUGCAGUUUGCUCAAUGUACUGAGGAGCCCAAAACUGGAUGUGUUACUCUAGGUGCAGCUUAAAAGUGUUGAAUACAAGGGGAAAAUUACUUCAUUUGGCCUGCUGCUCAUACUUCUGCUGUGCUGCCUCCUACAAGACUGUCCUGUUUAGCUCCAGAUACUGCUGACUGCUUUUCAUUCUGCUACUAUUAGCCCCAGGUCUUCUGGUGUACGAUUUCUCAGAUGCAGGACUUAAACUUCCCAUCAGCACAUCACUUCAGCCAGGAAAGACCCAAAUGAAUGGGAGUUCCCUCCUCCCUUGUUUUGGGCUCUGCUGCUCCAGUCCUCUGCCAGCAUUGUCUGAUGUCAUCUGAGUGUGCUCUAUACCACUACCAAGGUGGGUGAGAAGAAACACCUGAGGUACUGCACUUGCAGCUGUCUCCAGGAUUGUCAAUUGGUGACUGCUGAAGCCUGGCUAUUGAAGUCCAAGCCGUUUUUUGCUGCCAUUGUAGGUUGUCCAUCCACUCCCCCUGAGUGUGUUUUUGCUGUAAGUCAGGGUAAACACCCACUGCUCUCCCCUUGUCCAGAGCUGAUCACAGAAGGCAGCCAGAUUGGGCUGAGAUUAUAGUGGUGACUGUUCCCAGUAUCCCUCAUGGGUGUGGAUGUUGGUUUGAGGAGGGUUGGUUCCAUCACUUCAUGGAAUGGGCAUCGUGCACAGAGGGUUCAUCACAGUCAAGAAAGUGAUCUUCCUAUUUUUCUUAGGGUUCAGACAUUUUCCUAGGGGUGGAAAAAGUUCCUUAAUAUCACUCCUGAAAUGACUGUUAAAAUGCUGUAGGAAGUUGAGUGCUGUGCUCUGCUAAAAGCAGUGUUUGAGGCUCGCUCCAGUUCGAUGCAGAGGGAAAGCAGGGAACUCCUUCACAUCCUCUCCAGCUGUGGCCACUGUGUUUGGUCAGCCUGCCUGAACCAAACAGGAGCUCUGCUUGGAGCACCAAGGCAGUGGGGAGGUGCAACAAAUCCAGCCCUUACCAGCAUUCCAGCCAGGCUGGCUUUGGGAGGGUGAUAAAUGUGUGGGGCAGCUGGAAACUGCACAGCAGGACAGGGAGAGCAUUGAGCUUUGGGUAGUGGCAUGGCUCUGCACAAGUGAGUGUUAAGUUGUAGGUAAAGGAGAUGAAAGUAGCAAGGAUUUAUUGAAAAAUAUUUGUAAGGAGCUGUGCUCUGAAUGGCUUUGAAACAAAACCUCUGCUGCAGUGAAUAGUUUUAAUGUGAGGUGGGGUGUUGUGUCUCACUUGGCAGCUUUUCAGAGGUCAGGUUUUGGUAGUUUAUCCCCCCCCAUGCUCCCCCCAAAAAGGCAUUUAAAGCCAAGUGCCAGAGGGAGCUGCUGGGGGUGUUCAUAUCCGAGGAGAGCAGCCACCUCUGCACACAAGUCCUGGCAUGGUGGUGGGUGUCUCUGGCCAGCCUGGCCUCUGCUCUUCGUGGGUGGGUGACGGGCCAGCAGAAGGAAGGGCUGCAUCCUCUGCAGGUCCGUGCUCGGCUCAGCCCCGAGCCACGGGCGUGGCUGCUGCUCCCAGGGAAGGAGGCGCUGGCGGCUGCUGUGCUGUGGCAGUAGCAGUGGAGCCCACACAAACCCAUGCUUUGAAUCUGAGAAACAGCUCAGGCUUUAGUGGGAUGGGCAAUGAGUACCACAUUGUUUACUUCUGUCAGCCAGUGAUUUAACUUUUCACUUCAAACAGCUGGAAACGUAGUUCAUCGAGACACUGCCAGUGUGUUGGUAGUGCUGCAUCCCAUUAUUUCCUUUCCCAGUAGCCUCUUAGGCAGGAGAGAGAUGCUUUAGCUUUGCCCAGAAACAUUCCUGGGAGAGCCAGCGGCUGCUGAGAAUGGUGGAGAAGUGGAAUCACUGGCAGCACCCUGACUGAUGCUGAAGGAGCAGCCCCAGAUGAGAGCGGUGAUGCUGCUGCCCUCACCUGCUGCCAGAAGGGGAGGCUCCACCGGUGUAACCCAUUCCCAGGUUUGUAUCCCACUGGUAAGGUUUGAACACAGCCCAGUUUCUCACUUUCUGGGCCUUACCCCCGACCAUGGCACUGGUUUCCUCUGGCUUCUGCUACAAAUAGUCUUGGAAUGGUCAGGCUCUGGGAUUUAGGGCAGUUACAGAGUACCCAAAGCUGAAUAAAUAAAUAAUGGAAGAGUGCAGAGCCACAGGAAAAGUGUUCAUAACUUAACAGGAUUUUUUUUUCUUGCUGAGUAAUGUGAUUCUAGGAAGCUGAUGGGUCAGAUUCCUGUUUGGAGCAGAAAGUGGGCAUGACCUUUGUGUAACUCCUGUUUACAGAGUGUGCAGAGAGUGCUGCUGGACAAGCAACACUUGAGAUUUCUGCAAAAAGGAGCUCACUUUGCUUUGCCCUAAGCAGCAGCUGUUCAUGUCCUUGUUUCUCAGCUCUGGUGAUCUCAGAGAACCAUGAUUGUUUCUUGUGCUUUUUGCUUUCAUCCCCCAGGGCCUUUCCAUUACACCCUGGGCAGUCCCCGUUCUCAGGGAAGUGAGACCAAAAGAAAUCAGCACAAACUCCCUUUGCAGACUUCUAUUUUGCUCCUCCCAGACUGCUUUUCCUUUGCAGCAGGGGAGGUCUCACCUCCCACCCUCUUAGGGCUGCCUUGGUCCCUCCACAGGAGCUGUGUGGCUGCAGGCUGUCCAU